CUCCCAAUUUUUCCAACAGGAUAUGGCCAUGCAGCCCCCAGCACAGAUGGAGGGAAGGUCUUUUGCAUGCUCUACGCCCUCCUCGGCAUCCCCCUCACUUUGGUCAUGUUCCAGAGCGUCGGCGAGCGGAUUAACACCUUUGUCCGAUACCUGCUCCACCGCCUGAAGAAGUGCCUUGGAAUGAGGCGCACUGAAGUCUCCAUGGUCAACAUGGUGACCAUCGGUUUUAUAUCCUGCAUGAGCACACUAUGUGUGGGGGCGAUGGCUUUCUCCCACUUUGAGGAGUGGAGCUUCUUCCAUGCGUACUACUACUGCUUCAUCACGCUCACCACCAUUGGGUUUGGGGACUACGUGGCAUUGCAGAAUAAGCACGCCCUGCAGACCAAGCCACAGUACGUGGUCUUCAGCUUCAUCUACAUCCUGACAGGCCUGGCGGUAAUCGGAGCCUUCCUCAACUUAGCAGUGCUGAGAUUCAUGACAAUGAAUGCUGAGGAUGAGAAAAGGGACGCGGAGCAGCGGGCUCUUCUUGCCCAUAACGGUCAGGCGGGUGGCCACAUCAACUGCUUUGUAGACCCGGCCUCCCCGUCCUCCACGCCGCCCGGGUGUGGCGGUGGGAGUGCAGUCGGAGGGAGCGGCGGAGGGGCUGCGAGCCGCGGCUUGCGUAACGUUUAUGCCGAGGUGCUCCACUUCCAGUCCAUGUGCUCCUGUCUUUGGUAUAAGAGCAGAGAGAAGCUGCAGUACUCCAUCCCCAUGAUCAUCCCGCGCGACCUCUCCACGUCAGACACCUACAUGGAGCAGGUAGAGGCCUUUUCCAACCCGCUUCACUCCAACGGCUGCAUGUGCAGCUUGCAGCACCAUUCAGGCAUCAGCUCAGUGUCCACAGGUUUGCACAGCAUCAACACCUACAGGAGACUGAACAAACGCAGGAGCUCCAUCUAAACACCUGGAGAACGUCUGUUUGUGUGCAUCACCACGGCAGGAAGUUUGUUUUCGAGUUGAAGGAUCUGGUGGUUUGGACUCCAGACAUGCUACUUCCGUUGACAGAGCACAAACCAUUUAGUAUCAAGAUUCACACUGAAACGUCUGAGAAAUACUGCUAAUUGUUGUUUAAGUGGCAUUCACUACACAUCCUCUGACGUUGUGGGACAUCUGCAGUAUCCUAACACCAAAGCGAGCAUUUUCUUUGUCAACAAGAAUGGAUUUCUAAUUCCUUAUCUGAAAGAGGAGGAAAGCACCGUAAGACAUAUCUAAGGGGGGUGGGGGAAUCUGAAUUGUGUAUAACCACUUAUAAUUAUUUUUAUUAAAAUAAACAAAAAUUUCCCAAGCGAAAACCUUUUGGUAGGAAACUAACUUGAUAAGAGAAACUAAAAUGUGUGUAUAUAUUUGGACACUUCACAUAAAGGUUACUUUUUCAGUUUUUUUC